CAGCUCUGUGAGGGUUGCAGCAGGCAGCAGAACUGCAGUGGCUGCUGCGUGCACAGUGGGGCUGGAGAGGCGAGGCAGGAGCACCGGCAUCAUGCUGGGCCAGAAGCCAAAGCUCAGCAAGCGCAUCCGUGAGCUGCGUGCCAGCAUAGCCUUGCAAGGGCAAGCAAGGAAGUUUUACAGCAAGUCAGAGGAAGGAAAGUUCAAUGAGAACCGAGAGCUGCUGCCCCAGCUGCGAGAGGCGGUGCAGGAGGAUAUCCAUGCCCUGGGCCUUGUCCGCAAGGUGGCCCAGGAGAAGCUCCGGGCUGAAGUCUAUGACAGGGUGAACAAAUGCAACAUGCUGCUGUACCAGAUGGAGCAGCGGAGCCGGGCCAAGGAGCAGCUGCAGAGGCGGCUGCAGCAGCUGCAGGAUGUCCGGGUGGCUGACAAGCAGCACCAGGUACAGGUGAUUCGUGCGCUGCAGAACAGCAUAGACAAGAUGCACACAAAAAUCCACGCUGGGCAGAAGGUGGCUGCCCUGUACGUGGUGGUGCGGGAUGCCCUGAGGAAGGAGCUGGCCCACCUGCCUCUGCACCUGGACCUCCUGAGUGAGAUGGCCGAGCUGCAGCAUGGGGAGGUGGAAGACAUGGAGCUCAUGGCCUUGGAUGGGCUCCGAGCUGCUCGUGUAACCAAGGAGCACAUGGCCAGGACGAAAACCCAGCUCCUUGCAGAGAGAGAGCUCAGGCUCCGCACCCUGGCUGCUCAGAAGGAGCCCAUGGACAGAAGCUGGCGCAAGGAAGCAGAAGAAAGGCUUCUGAAAGGGCAAGCCAGGCGUGACCUCACCAGGGACUUCCUGGGCCUGCCCGCAGAGGACCCACCGGUGGCCGCCGAGCCGGAGGCCCCCAAGUCCCAGCUGGAGCGUGAGGCCUGCGUGAUGGAGAAGCUGGAGAAGGCCAAGGCUGCGGUGCAGUGCUCCCGCCUCUGGGACAUCCCCAUCAGGAUCCUGGCACAGCAGAAGUCCCUGGCGGAACUCGAGCAGUACCUCGCAGGGCGCAAGGAGGAGAAGCAGGAGCUGCAGAAGGCACUGAAGGAGCUGGAGAUGCAGCUGGAGGAGCUCAAGUUUCGCCAGCCCCCAGCCACAACCAGGGGGCUGGAGGAGGAGCUGAGGACGAGGCUGCAGUGGGAAGAGGCUCGGCUGGAGCAGAGGCGAGCCCAGCUGCUGAGGAGCCAGGAGACGCUGCUGGAGUUUGAGAACGGAGUUGACAACCUCUUCGUCCGCCUGCGGGGCAUCCCCGUGCCUGGCCAGGAGCACUCUGGCAAGGCCAUGGGAGUGGACGAGAAGCUCCAGCAGUGCGAGCAGAAGCUGCAGUACCUGGUGCAGCGGGUGGCUGACCUGCCCCCCUCCAGCCUCAGCGAGGAUGAUGAGACUUUUGUGAAGGUCCGACAGCUCCUGGAGAAAACCCUCCUGAGCGAUCCACGGAACCAGAAGGUUCCCUUGGAGGACACGGGCAUGGGGGACCCAGGUAGGAAAGGGGACACAUCCCACAGCAACUGCCCCAGCCCCUGCCCCCUGGGAUUUCUGGGUGUCCUUGCCCACCUCCCACUGUCCCAGCAGAGCCCAACCCAGGAGCUGCUCCAGGCGUUGGGGCUGACCUCGGCUGUCUCCAGGCCUUUGAGCAUAGUGCUG